GGUUGGCAUAAAGGUGUUGCUUUUAUAAAUGGCCAUAAUCUUGGUAGAUAUUGGAAAAUUGGUCCGCAAAAAACACUAUAUGUUCCAGCACCUUGGCUAAAGGAAGGCAAGAAUACAGUAAGUGUAAAUUUCUAGUCCAGUUAUUUCAUUUAUGCUUUGGAUAGUUGAAAUGAUAGUCUUAAUUGAAGCUAAGCAUUUCCAUGGGCUAAAUGGAGUACAUGCAUACCAGAGCCAUAGAUGGUGCAGGGGGUGCGCACCCCACCCCCCAAAAAAAUUUUGCACCCCCGCCAGAACGUUUUCCCACACCACCUAGAGAUAUUUUCACCCCAUCCCCCCCAGAAAUUUAAAUGCUCAUUGGAUUAAAUGACAGUAUAGUGUGAUUGAAAUAAGGAUUAUGAACAAAGUAAGACUAAAAAUCUCAAAUUUUCUUGGGUUCUUCGCCCCCCCCCCUUACCCUCAUUAGCAACUGUACCCCCAGACCCCUGCUGCAGCUUGUUCGGCGCACCCCGUCGCUCACCUCCCCCCCUCUACCCAAAAUUUUGUGCACUCCCCUGAGCAAAAUGUGAAAAUCCGUCAAUGGCCAGAAUUCAGAGUGAAUUGAAUCCCUCUGGAUGCGAGGAAUGUUUCGUUGUUCUCUUCAGUGUAAGAUAUUAAUAGGAAAAUUAAGAUAUUUCAUAUCUAAGGAUGAUUCUUUAAUAUUCUUUUUAUUUGAGGUGUUAAUUUUCGAACAGCAUCCUCGAUCUUCGAUACGAACCCUACAGCUUACAAAAGAGCACAGACUGGGUCCUACUGUUGAACAUGAACCAUAG